GGAAAAAAAAAAGAAAAGACACAAACAAGCAGUAGCAUACGACUUUAUGUAUGUGAUAGUCCCCUUGUCUCACGAACCAGAACGUGACCACUGCCCAGCUCCUUCCGAUCCAAAUCUCCGCUGCCAUGGAAAGGAACGACUAUCACCACACUCAUAGCUUCGCUUCUUCUCACAGAGACGUUACUUACAGCUGUGGCUCUUGUGGAUUUGAUCUGAAUUUGAGUUCAUCCUCUCGCAAUACAUCUGCAAUUGGAUCAAAAUAUGGAAAAUCAAUAAAGAAAGGAAUCAUCUCGUUUGUUCAUAUAGAUGAGAGCAGAUUUACUCAGUUAGAAAAAUUUCAGUGUAUUCCUUACUUCAUAUCCAAACAGUCGUGGGGUUUGUUUCAGCGCAAAACCAAACUUAUGUGUCGAAAGUGUGGAAACUAUAUUGGGGUUUCUUAUGAUGACAAUGCAUCAACUUAUCCAAUUGUAUCUGAUGGUUUAAAUUCAGCAUCAGGAAGUGAAAUUUCAGUCUACAAAAGAUAUGAUGUCAGAAUUCGGGCUUUGCAACCUUCCUCUUCUGCCACAUCUGGCAUCGCAUCUGUUUGAUGCUUAUGUAACAGGUUUUAUUUGCAGAGAAGGAUGUUCAAUCAGUUUCAUUAAAACCAGCUCAUGCAAUGGCGAUGAUGUUUAUGCCUCACAAAUUUUGUUUCAGAAGUAGCAUGUACAUCUAUCUUGUAUACCCUAUAUGUAAUGCCUGUUUACUCAACACAUAAAGAUGCUUUAGAUGACCCGGCUUGGAGUGUAAAGGUUAUUUGUUGUUUAUGUACAAAAUGUAUCAUGUAAAAGAAUCUGUGACUAGAUGAUUACUUAAUAUUUGUUUACUGAUUUCUUA